CCCACCCCACCCCCGCCCCGCUCCGGGCCGGGCGCUCCCCGCUGUCCGGUCCCGCACUCUGCGUUCGGCCGGGCUGACAGCUGCGAGGGGAGCGGGCACCGUGGGGCCUGGGUAUAUUUAGACAGGCUGCUGGGGAGCGCAGAGACCCACCAAUCCCAGCCAGGGCUACAGCGGGUGUCUGGCAGCUCUCCUCAGAGAGGGGGCACAGACAGAAGGACAGACAUGGGGACACGGAUCCUGCUGCUGUUCUGCUGGGCCCUGCUGGGAGCAGCCAGCGCUGAGCCUCCCAAGGAGCACGACCCCUUUAUCUAUGACUAUCAAUCCCUGAGAAUUGGAGGCCUCAUAUUCGCCGUCAUCCUCUUUCUGCUGGGAAUCCUUAUCAUCCUCAGUCGACGCUGCCGUUGCAAAUUUAACCAGCAACAAAGGACUGGUGAGCCAGACGAGGAGGAAGGGCCUCUCCGAAGCUCCAUUCGCCGUUUGUCCACCCGGAUGAGAUAGGCGGGCCCAGAGGCUGGUCUCCCCAAGGCGCAGACCCCUCCCUGGAUAUGAAGAGUGACCCCCUCUUCCCCAGUCCCAUGCUGCAUAGCCGUAGCACUUAGCCUAGACCAGCCCCCAUGCUCUGAUCGCAGCCUGCAGAAUCUGAUCCCCUCCAGCAGGGGGCAGUAGGGACAUACACACAAACACAAAUGGCAGGUCUCAUCCCCUCCAACAGGGGGCCGCCGAGACACACACACACACACACAGAGCGCAGGGCUUGUCCCCUCCAACAGGGGGCAGUAGGGACACACACACACACAGAGCGCAGGGCUUGUCCCCUCCAGCAGGGGGUGGCAGGGAUGGACGGACAGACACACACACUUGGCAGGUCUGAUCUCCUCCAGCAGGGACACACAGAGCAAGGCCUGUCCCCAGCAGCAGGGGGACCCCCCCCACACUCUAGGGGUGCUGCCUUUGUGGGCUCUGGGCAGCGAUGCCAAGAGCCCUGUGUGUGAGGAGUGCAGGGAGGGGUGACUGGGGGGGGGGGCGGCUAGGGUGACCAGAUGUCCCGAUUUUAGAGGGACAGUCCCGAUUUUUGGGUCUUUUUCUUAUAUAGGCUCCUAUUACCCCACAGCCCCGUCCCGAUUUUUCACAUUUGCUGUCUGGUCGCCCUAGGGGUGGCAGUCGGGGUCCCUGUUGAAGUGUCCAUCAUGGGGCUGUGGUGGGAACAGCUGGCUCCCACCCCUGGGUCAGGGCUGAUCCCCUCCAGCAGGGGUCAGUAGAAACCCCCCCGGCCUCUGCAAGUGUCCCUGUGUCCAGCCGGGGGCGCUGUCUGUAGUCGCUGGCCGGAGACGGCUUCCCAAUAAACGCUACCUGCCCCCCA